AUGGUUCAAAUUAAAAGAUUCUUUUCCAAAAUCGGAAAUAAAAUUCAUAAAAAAGGAAAUUCAUCAAAAUCAUCAAAGAAACAAACUUCAAAUAAUUUAGAAUCUGCAAAAUAUGAUAAUUUCCAAACCUCUAAAUAUCCAGUUUCAAUCCCAUCAACAACAAUUACAAAUUCAGCAACAAAAGUUUCAACACAAUAUCAGUCACAAGUUCAACAAAAUUCCAAUCUCAGAUUAAAUUUAGAAUCAAUAAUCAAAGGUAUCCAAGAGAAUAGAAUAUUAGAAGUGUUUGAUAAGUUCUAUCAUCAAGAUAUCGUGAUGUAUGAGAAAGGUGAUUCAACAAAUAGAGUUGGUUUUGCAGAGAAUAGAAAGGUUGAAGAAGGUUUCUCAAGUAAUGCAACCGUACACGAAGCAAAAGUUUUGAAGAUCAUUGUUGAUGCUGAUAACACUGCAUAUGAAAUGUUUAUGGAUUUCACAUAUGGUGGAAAUAGAAUUCAAAAGACUCAAUGGGCUUUCCAACAAUGGAAAGAUAAUAAAGUUAUCAAAGAAGAAUUCUUUUAA